AGGUGGACCCGAAUUCUUGGAAGCCCAGAGAAAACAAACGAAGGUGUUCAUUUUCAGAACAUAUAGCUGUGCCCAGAGGCCCGCGUGCUUGCGGCUCCCCUUAGAGGCAUCUACAUUGGCCAUGCCCAUCACCACUGGCCCCCACCCCCGAUAUCUCACACUGCCCAGAGCCACCGAAGUCCCAGACUAGCCCUUUCCUGGCACAUGAUGCUUGGUCUUCCUAAAAUGCCCCUCUUCGUGCCACUUUGCGUGAAAGCUCUUCAUCCUUCAGAGCCAGCCAGGAAGUCACUUGCUCCUGACGCUUGUCCAUAAUUCCCAGCUCCCAUGCACUCGGCUCAUCAGCUCCCACCGGGAUUUCCCUCACUUGCCAUUUAGGCUGGCUGUGGUCUGAUGGCCUCUCCACAGUCCAGGAGCAACUUGAAGGCAAGAAUGGCAUCCCACCCCUCUUUGUACCCUCCUGUUUGCCAAAUGAUAUAGGGGCUGAAUAAGGUUGAAGUUGUUGGGAAUAAAAAGAACGAAAUCCAGAGUUUUCCCCGAUUUUAAGAAAAAAUGGGUUUUGUGUUUGUGACAGAAAAAAAAAACUGGCAUGGGGGGGGUCACAAAGACCAGCGCUCUAGCCAGAACUGCCCCAUGGUUGUCAUGUGACCUUGGACAAGUCACUUAUUUUCCAGUGUCUUAGAGAUGUCUUAUCUGUAAAAUGGAGACACUCAUUCCUAUCGUGUCUAACUUGCCAGGCUGUGGUGAGGUCACAUGGUUCUGUGCGUAAAAGGUGCACAGUGCAAACGUGCUGGAAUGUCAGGGAUGCUAUUAAGGAAGCAAUAAGAAGAAAGGGUCACUGGGUGUGUGGCGAAGGAGAAGUGGAAAGGGCGCCAAGAUUUUAGGCCUCAGUGACUGGUAUGGAGGGUUCUCUGGGUCCUCUCAGUCCCUGUUUAUGGAGGGCUGGGGGCUUGGGUCUAGAUAAUUUCUCUCUGAGAAACUAAGCCCCCGGGGGAAUCGGCCCCCCCAGCCCUGCGCCAGAAUCCCCUGCCGCAAGUUUCGGAGCAAGGCCUCCUCCAUGCUUCCCUCCCAGUCUUGCCCAGCGCCCACUGAUGAGGAAGGGCCUCUGCGGGUGAGAGACCUGCUUCCCUCUCGGAUAGCCAGGGCUGAUGAUUUCAACUCAUUAAUCAUUCCGAACUCUUCCCAACAAACAGCCUCAUGGCUGUCCCGGACCUCCUCUGUCCCGGCUCAGGAAAUGAUCUCGCUCGGAAGUGAAAAGACCAAAUCGGCCCCAGGAGGCCAUUUUCUUCGACAGAAGCUGAGGCGUGGGGGCAAGGCCUUCCCCCGCUUCCCCCUCCACUCCCCCGCCCGCCCCCGGCCCCAGCUUUCCGAUCUCGGCCCAGGGAAGAGCCUUGGUCGCGAAUCACCAGUUUGCAUUUGCCCCUGGGGCGGGGGCGGCUUUCUGAGACCAGGCUGGGGGUGGGACCCCGCCACCUUCCGCUAAGGGUACCGAGUUCAGUCCGGGAGUCGGCGUCACCGGGACUCGAACCCGCCUUUUCGUCUUCCGAGGCCUAGUGCGAGCCUGCGGCGCUAAACGCAGUCACACUGUCCCUUUAAGGCGGCACUUUUUAUUCUUCAUUUGUUUACUUCUUCAUGCGCUUUUCGUUCUUUACAAAAUGUGCUCGCAUAUCCUUCCGCAAGUGUCAGUCUCAGGCACUCACCACCCGCUUUGAAGCCAUUUCUAUAAUCUUAAGACUCGCGAGUUAGCAGCCGUGGGCCGACGUCUCUCUUUAUAGGAUUUAAUUCUUUUACAUUUUAGGGACUACUUUUUAGGAAUAAACCAUUCUUGCGUUAGUUAAUAAAGGUUCAUAACCUUCGGAACCCUUCCGCUGAGAACAAAAUACGAUAAUAGCCUUUAUAACGCACCUUUUCAUAAAAAUAUUCUGUGUGGACUCUCAUAGGCCAUCGAAUCUUCUCGUAUUCCUGAAACAGAAUGGUACGGUCCAGAACCCGCCCCAUCUUCUCUGCGAUUGGCCGUCCUUCCUCAGCGAGUCGUGUGAUUUUUCACCAAUGGCCGCUCGCGUUUCUUUAGCGAGGUCUAAGAGAUGGAAGGUGUCGGCCAGGGAGACGCCCCCAACGCGUCCCGGGAUUGGCUACGUCGCACGGCGCGCGAGGGCGGCGGGCCCGAAAGAAAAGAACUACGACUCCCGGCGCCCCGCAAAGGGAACUCCGUUACGCAUGCGCACGGGCGGGGCGAACAAGCCUGUAUAUAAAAGGGGCGCAGAGGACUGGGAGACAGCAGUUGGAAGUUGGCAGGUGGAGAGGCAGGUUGGGAGGGAAAGUCGGGGGAGGACGCGGAAGAGGAGCUGUGGGAAGGGGGAGGAGGGAGGGAGGAAAAGAGGAGGAGGCGGAGGAGAACUGAGCAGAGCAGAGCAUCGAGCCAAAGGGGAGAUGAGUUUGUCUGUCCUCUGCUGAGGCUACGGCCGGGCCUAGGGAACUGGGAGCUUGGGUGGAAGCGACACCCGUGGAAGUGGGAGGAGGUGGCGCCGGGACUUUAACCCCUUGUGGGCUCUGCGGCAGGGGAUUUAACCCUUUGUGGAUCUGGCCCCUCGGAGGCAGCGUCAUCGGUAGUUUUAACCCCUUCGGGGCUGGGUUUCACGCACUGGACUUACCCUCAUCACCUUGCUCACCAACUCCUUUAUUGGGGUGCUCCGCUUGGAGGUUUGAGGCCCACCUCCGCCCAUUACGUACUGUUCCUGCCGCUGCACCCCCUUGGACCCGCUAGCUGGCCGCACUGUGGGCGCUUAACCCUUUACUGACUUGAGCUCCCCAGAUUGCAGUUGGAGUUUGCUGAUAGAAGGACUAGCUAAAGGCGUCACUGCAGGAAUUACAAACUGAAGAGGACUCUGUUGGACUUUUUUUUUUUUUUUUUUUUUUAAGAAAAACCCAUUUUUUUCCUUAAGGACUUACUAGCCAAAAUUUCUUAAACUUCGAGGACUCUACUAGCCAUGGCCGAGCCAUUCUUGUCAGAAUAUCAACACCAGCCUCCAACUAGCAACUGUACAGGUGCUGCUGCUGUCCAGGAAGAGCUGAACCCUGAGCGCCCUCCAGGCGCGGAGGAGCGGGUGCCCGAGGAGGACAGUAGGUGGCAAUCGAGAGCGUUCCCCCAGUUGGGUGGCCGUCCGGGGCCGGAGGGGGAAGGGAGCCUGGAGUCCCAACCACCUCCCUUGCAGACCCAGGCCUGUCCAGAAUCUAGCUGCCUGAGAGAGGGCGAGAAGGGCCAGAAUGGGGACGACUCGUCCGCUGGCGGCGACUUCCCGCCGCCGGCAGAAGUGGAACCGACGCCCGAGGCCGAGCUGCUCGCCCAGCCUUGUCAUGACUCCGAGGCCAGUAAGUUGGGGGCUCCUGCCGCAGGGGGCGAAGAGGAGUGGGGACAGCAGCAGAGACAGCUGGGGAAGAAAAAACAUAGGAGACGCCCGUCCAAGAAGAAGCGGCAUUGGAAACCGUACUACAAGCUGACCUGGGAAGAGAAGAAAAAGUUCGACGAGAAACAGAGCCUUCGAGCUUCAAGGAUCCGAGCCGAGAUGUUCGCCAAGGGCCAGCCGGUCGCGCCCUAUAACACCACGCAGUUCCUCAUGGAUGAUCACGACCAGGAGGAGCCGGAUCUCAAAACCGGCCUGUACUCCAAGCGGGCCGCCGCCAAAUCCGACGACACCAGCGAUGACGACUUCAUGGAAGAAGGGGGUGAGGAGGAUGGGGGCAGCGAUGGGAUGGGAGGGGACGGCAGCGAGUUUCUGCAGCGGGACUUCUCGGAGACGUACGAGCGGUACCACACGGAGAGCCUGCAGAACAUGAGCAAGCAGGAGCUCAUCAAGGAGUACCUGGAACUGGAGAAGUGCCUCUCGCGCAUGGAGGACGAGAACAACCGGCUGCGGCUGGAGAGCAAGCGGCUGGGUGGCGACGACGCGCGUGUGCGGGAGCUGGAGCUGGAGCUGGACCGGCUGCGCGCCGAGAACCUCCAGCUGCUGACCGAGAACGAACUGCACCGGCAGCAGGAGCGAGCGCCGCUUUCCAAGUUUGGAGACUAGACUGAAACUUUUUUGGGGGAGGGGGCAAAGGGGACUUUUUACAGUGAUGGAAUGUAACAUUAUAUACAUGUGUAUAUAAGACAGUGGACCUUUUUAUGACACAUAAUCAGAAGAGAAAUCCCCCUGGCUUUGGUUGGUUUCGUAAAUUUAGCUAUAUGUAGCUUGCGUGCUUUCUCCUGUUCUUUUAAUUAUGUGAAACUGAAGAGUUGCUUUUCUUGUUUUUCUUUUUAGAAGUUUUUUUCCUUAAUGUGAAAGUAAUUUGACCAAGUUAUAAUGCAUUUUUGUUUUUAACAAAUCCCCUCCUUAAACGGAGCUAUAAGGUGGCCAAAUCUGAGAACAAUUAAAUUCAUUUUAGUUAUAAUAAAUUUAAUAUUUGUAAACGUAA